AUGGGGCUGCAUCAGUAUAACUGUCAGGAGAUUUCAGCCCAUUGUGAUGAUUUAUAUACCAUUACAAUAAUAUUAUGCUGGAUGCUGCGCUCCAGAACAAAAUCCACUGUUCAAGGAGGGAAAACGCUGUCACUUAAUGGCUUGCCUGCUACAGGCAAUGUGACAGAAAAAUCUUCAGCUUAUGUUUUGGUUUAUACAUUUAAUGUUACUUUAUCACCAUCACCUUCUGAAGUGGCUCCAGGAUAUCCUUUAAUAAUAAACUCAAAUCCACUUACAAAAGCUUUUCGGAUUGAUCCUGGAGCUACACAUACUUACAAGGUUGUUACCACUGGAGAUCCUGUUCUAGAUUAUGAAACUAUGCCAAACAGCUUUGAUUUGCAGAUUUAUGUUAAAGAUACAGCUGGGGCAAGUGACCUUCAAAUACUUACUGUCCAAAUAACAGAUGUUAAUGAACCUCCUGUGUUUCGUGGCAAUUUGGCAGACCAAAGUAAGAGAACUUCCAUUGCUUGGAAGUAA